GUCAUUGGAGACUCCGUACGGUUGCUGCAGUGAUUACAUGUUGGUGAUGCUCAACGACAUCACUGGUUGGCUGAAGCAGCAAGGUAUACCCUAUUUCAUCACCUACGGAACUUUGCUUGGUGCUCUGAGACAGAGCGAUAUCCUGCCGUGGACACAGGACAUGGAUAUCGUGAUCGAUCGCUCCCAUUGGCCCAAGCUGCAGCAAGGCUUGGAGGCUGCAGAAUUUUUCGGUGGACGACGAUAUCUCUUCGGGGUGGACCAAUGGGAGGAGAAAGUUUCCCGAGUUUGCGCAGACUGGGAAGGAUUUGCGACAUCAAUUGUCGGUGGGCAAGAAAGUGACCGCUUCAGCCGACCAACCGACUUUCACCUGGACAUCUAUGCCAGUGACUGGUGGCAAAUCACUGAUCUUCACUUGGUGGAUUGCGUGGCUCUGGCAGAAUGA